ACGGCGGCACGUCCCGCCCGUGCGGCCCCGGGGGCGGGCGGCCGCCAUCAGCUGCCGCGGUCCCGCCCCCCGCCCGCAGAGCCCGGCCGGGAUGGCGGCGGCGCGGGGCCGGGUGCUCUGUCUCUUCGACGUGGACGGGACCCUGACGCCGGCCCGGCAGAAAAUCGAGCCGGAGGUGGACGCGUUCCUGAGGGAGCUGCGGGAGAGGGUGCACAUCGGCGUGGUGGGAGGCUCCGACUAUGCCAAGAUAGCCGAGCAGCUGGGGGAAGGGGACGAAGUCAUUGAUAAAUUUGACUACGUCUUCGCAGAGAACGGCACAGUGCAAUACAAGAAUGGGCAGCUGGUCUCCAAACAGGCCAUUCAGGACCACUUGGGGGAGGAGCUGCUGCAGGAUCUGAUCAACUUCUGUCUCAACUACAUGGCGCUGCUGAAGCUGCCCAAGAAACGAGGGACCUUCAUUGAGUUUCGCAAUGGGAUGUUGAACAUCUCCCCCAUUGGUCGCAGCUGCACCCCGGAGGAGCGAAUCGAGUUCUCCGAGCUGGACAAGAAAGAGCGGAUACGGGAGAAGUUUGUGGCAGCCUUGCAGAGGGAAUUUGCUGGCAAAGGGCUGCGUUUCUCCCGAGGUGGCAUGAUCAGCUUUGACGUGUUCCCAGAGGGCUGGGACAAGCGCUACUGCCUCAAUGUGCUCGAUGAUGAGAGAUUUGACACCAUCCACUUCUUUGGGAAUGAGACAACCCCCGGAGGGAACGAUUAUGAAAUCUAUGACGAUCCCCGCACUGUAGGACACAGUGUCCAGUCCCCCCAGGACACGGUCCAGCGAUGCCGCGAAAUCUUCUUUCCAGAGAGAGCAAACGAGUGCUGACUGCCCGGUCCCUGCAGCCCUGCCCCAGUCCCACCCUCUCCCCCCACCAGGAAAAGCACUUUCAUUUGAGGAAUCUGCUCAGGGUAGACCAAAAAAAAAAACACUUGACAGAGCUGGUCAGGAUGUAACACGUGAAUGUGGGUGGGUGGCUGGAGGGGGCCUUGGCUGAGCAGCCCCUCAGCGCUCCCCGUGUGUGGCUGCACCAGACCCUCCUUGCCUCCAGAGAAACUUCUCUUGACAGUUCAGCUGUGGUGGGCGGUGAUGCAGAUCCUUUUGUGGUCAGAAAGCAUUUGAAAGGGCCAAAGAGUGAGUGUGUGUCCGUCCUGUACUCCCUCUCCUCUCCUUUUCCGCUCACUUUCUCGUAACACUUGUGCAUGAGGGAACACGUGGCUCACCUUUCUCUCCCCUUGCACCUUGGCCAGAGAGGCUGGGGCUGCUGAGGCUCGAGGCAUUCACCAGAACUGCUCCAAGGCAGGAGGCCGGGAAGGCUGUUUGCUCCAAGCCUGUGGUAGGAAGGAGUAGCUGAGAUCCCAGUUUGUUGCACUGUUGUGCUUUCUAAUGGAGAGGUCACUGUGUCUUUUCCCUCAGUGCCACAUUGUGCCAGUCCCUCUGUGCAGAUGACCUGGGAACCAUGGCUUUAACAUGGCUGGGCUGCUGAUCGGAGCUUUGCUCAGUGCAUAAAGAAACCAAUUCUUCUCUUUAGUUUACAAAAAACACCCAGGGCUUAUUUUCUAUAUUAUUCUCUGUUUUCAAGUCAGACCUUGCCUGGCAGAGCUGGAGGAUCAUGGCUCUUCAUGCUAUGGAAUAGUUUGGGGUUGAAGGAUUUCCAGUGGUCUUCCCACUCCUGUAUCCAUUGUGCAUCACAAAAUCACAGAAUUGUUAGAGUUGCAAGGAAAUCAUCUAGUCCAAACCUCCUGCCAAGGCAGGGUCACCUUGAGCAGGUGACAGGAAUGUGUCCAGGUGGGUUUUGAAUGUCUCCAGAAGGGGAGACUCCCCAGUCUCCCUGGGCAGCCUGUUCCAGUGCUCUGCCACCCUCAGUGUAAAGAACUUCUUCCUCGUGUUGAAGUGGAGCUUCAUGUUUUAGUUUAUGGCCAUUGCUCAUCGUCCUGUUGGUGAGCACCACCAAAGAGAAUCUGGCACCAUCCUCUUGGCAUCUGCCUUUGAGAUAUUUAUAUGCAUUAAUGAGAUCCUUUCUCAGUCUUCUCUUCUCUGGACUAAAUAGGUCCAGCUCCCACAGUCUCUCCUCAUAAGAGAGACGUGUCCUUCUAAAACCUUACCCAGGGCAUUCAUAACAGACCAAGUCCCCUUCCCUCUUCAGCGCUCAGCAUUCCAUCCUGCUGCCAGAGGCAUUUUCAGCGGGGGCCAGCACCGGCCACGCCUGGUUCAUAGAGCUACAAGAGGUACCUGCUCAGCAGUGCCCUCCAAGCCUGCUCUUCCCCCCAUCUCAUCCCACACACCCAGUUUACAAGCUCACCUUCAGGGAGACAGGCUGUCCAGUGCAAUUGUCAUAUGUCCUCUUCCUCUCCAUGGAUCUUCGUGGGUUGCAAACCCACAUCUCUCCUUCAACCUUUGACCUUCUCCCUCACAUUGUCCUUUUAUUCCUGGCAGUUGCGUUGUGGUGUGUGGCCACAAUGGUGACACUUGUCACAACUUGGUGCUCAAAAGGAGCUCAGGGAUCCCUUCCAGGGAGAUGUCCUGCGUGUAGCUCCCCAAGGUACACAGAUCUGGUGUUUGUGGACCUGGAGAGCGUUGGAGGUUUCUGCAAACCCUCCCCCAUUGUUUCCCAGGAGCCUUUCUUACCUCAUCCCUGCUGGUUAUGGCACUGCCCGGUCUCUUGGUCCUGUUUUCUCUCCCCUUUUUCUUCUGUUCCCAGUUUCCUCAUCGUGGCUCUCCAUUUUCCACUGGCAGCUGGACUGCAGAGAGGAGUUUCUCAGCUGGCUACCGCCACCUACCAAGGCACCACCAUCCUCCUCAGGCGAGAGACACUGGUGCUUUUGGAUCCAGGGCAGGACUCCCACAUUGCCAUGGGCAGAGUCCCCGGUGGCCCUUGGCACUGCUGCCUGGCCAUAGGAGCAGGGACACUGCAUGACCAGUGCUGGUGGGGUGCUGUCUCCUCCACCUGACUGCACCUCCUAACUAGCAUGCAUAGAUCUCUGAUGCAGCACAUUUGCACGAGCACAGCGGUCUGCCCAGCAUCCAGAAAUCCCCAGCAAAUCCACAAAUUCCUCUUUCUACCCAGGGAAGAUACCUGUGUGGGAGAAGAGGCCCUGUUGGAGAAGCUUGUAUGCAGGAUACCCUUUUCACAGGUCACACGUUUUGGCCCUCCACUGCAACCUUCAUGGAGGAAUUGUGUUUUGUGAUUCCUUCCUCUCUGUUUCACUGUGGAUCAGGUAAUGUGUGAGUCUUGGGGAGUUUAUUUUUCUUGUGGGUCUAUUCAUAGCCAGCAGGACCUCUAGUGAGCUUGGUUAUGGUGAAGAGCAGGGUCUGGCCCUGACAGUGUGGGGCACUCUGGUGGCCUCGGGGGCUGAGGUGACUUGCGCCUUGGAAGUGAAAGGCAUUUCAUGCCUGUCCCUGAGGUCCCCUUGCCAUGAUGCUCCUCUCAUGGUGGGUGCCCACAGCAUCAGUGGGGGUUUCUCCCCAUGGAUGUGAGCAAGCAGACAUGGCAGGUCCCACGCCUGGAGCUGUCUUGGUGUAUGGAUCCAUGUCAGUGUGAGAUGGGCAGCUCCUGUCUGGCUGAUGACAACUGUUAAAUGAGAAAUAUAUUUAAAUACAUAGAUAUGUAUAUUAUAAAAUUAAAGUCCUAUUAAAGCCACAACACGCA